CAUGAAUAAAUCCAAUUACAUCAAUUAGUAUCUCUCAUGUGACAAAUUUCCACUUGCAUUGUAUUAACUUAGGUUAUUGUAAAUUUGUAAUAUGAAAAUCCCUCGUUUCUACAAUUGAUAUAAUCUCCUCUCUUUAUCUCUCUCGCCAUUACUCUCAGAUCCCUCACAUUCACUCCCUUCCUCUUCCUCCUCUUCUCAGCCACAGAGGGUUGAACCCACCGCCUCCAGAAGCUACUCCAAACCCCCAAAUUUUAUCCCAAACCCAAUCCAAAGAAGCCGUAAAAUCCCAAAUCGGUUUCACGGAAUCGGGGUGGCCCGCUGGUCAAACAGCAGUUUGUGAAGAAAUCUGGGGUGGCCCGUUAUUAUAUGUACCAACACAACGACUGCCAUUGAGAAGAAGAUGCCUCGUGCAGAGCGGUAUGGGAUAUCUGUGCAGCUCACAGAAGAAGAAGAUCGCAACUCUCGGGCUGAGAGGUAACUGGGAUUUGUUCUUCUGGGUCAGUAUUUAGGGUUAGGUUUUUUUUUUUUUCCUUUCUGCUAAGAAGAGUAAAAUGGACAAGGAAUGCAUAUCCACUACCGAUCUAUGAUACAUGAAUGAGAUCAAAAUCCCCCAAUCAGGGCACUUAUGAACAGUGUUAAUAUUAGUUCAUGAUAAUUAUAAUAGUUUAUAAUUUUAUUAAUUGGGUUGCAAAUUAUUUAGUGAAUGGAAGGAUACUCGGAGAUUUGAGCUAUUGGGUUUUUGUUUUGUUUAAAAGACUCGGAUUGAACUUCUGAAAUUAGUUGGGUGAAGAAUUUGACAAAAAUGUGUUUUUUUCUCUCUCUUAGUUUUCAAACUUUGGAUUUGAUUGAGGAUCAUCUUAAGGGAGGCAGGGAUGAAUUACUAUUUUAUAAUUGAUGAUCUAUAAAUAAUAAAUUGAGUUCCCUAAUUUUUCUGUUAUACGUGAGGAAAGCACCGAGCCUGCAGCAGCAUGCACCAGCUCAACUGAAGGUCGAAGGUUGCGUUCUCAUGGAAAAAAGCAAAACUGAAGGACUCUAAGCUUCCAGAAUGUCAAAUUUGUAAAACUUUCGGUUGUUCUGGCAAGUUUUGUUGUAGUGUGUGUUUGUGUGUCCAUCAUCAUGUCGUUGGAAUCAUAUGUUUCAAUUUGGAUUUGGAAUGGUUUUUCUGAUGUUUUUAUUUUUUGUAUAUAAGUCAGUGCAGGUUUGCAUUGGAUAUAGGAUAGUCAUGGAUCAGUUCGAAGCUCGGCUAAUGAUAGUUUCAGAUCUUGAUCUUACAAUGGUAGGUUCUGUAACUGGUUUGUCAUCAUAGGUUCUGUAUCUGAAUAACAUAAAUUAGGGUUUUUUGGUUAGUGUCCUAUUAGUGAAGUAAGGAUGAUUCUUUUUGUUAUCAUGGAUAUUUAAGCUCUGCUUAAUUGAAGUGAAAUUUCCAGUUUUUAGGCCUGAUUUCAAGUCUUGAACUUUGAAUUUGUCUAUAUGUAGCUCAGCUGAAGCUAUCUACAUCGUAGUUUAAAGUAUUUGUGUUGGUAAUUAUGUGUUUAAGUUGCACAAAUUGAGUUGCCCCAAUGUCUUUUGUGUGCAGUUUGGUGUAGAAAAGUGGGUUUUGAUGUUUUGGCAGGCAUUGGAAAAAAAAAAAAAGAAAUUGGUUUUUGCCCAAUGCAUAGUUAAUCUUAAAACAUGGUUUAUUAAAUUGGGUUCAUGAUAUAUGGGUGGUAGCACAUUAGCGACGUCGACUCCUGCAAGGAAGAGGCUGAUGAGAGACUUCAAGAGGCUGCAACAGGACCUGCCUGCAGGGAUUAGCGGGGCGCCCCAGGAUAACAAUAUAAUGCUGUGGAAUGCUGUUAUAAUGCUGUGGAAUGUUGUUUUCUCUUCUAUUAUGCAACAUUAAUAUUUCGUUUUUUUCGUUAGGAGACGCAAUAAGUUGGAAAAAUGCUUAUAUUUCUUAUUUUUGGAAGUCUUUAUCUCAUUGUUUCUUGAGUAGUCUUCUGGAAGUAAGAAAAGAUGGGCAUUUGUAAGUCCUAUCAAUUUCAAUUUUUAUUUUUCUUGUUUUUAUUUUAGUUUCUUAUUACUAGUUUUAUUUUGGGUGUAUUUUUUAUGAUGGUUGUCAAACGAUGUUGUUUUCACAGGUUUGAUCAUGUAUAUAAGCAUCUGAUAGUAAUUACAUGCAGAGUGCUGCACAAGUGAAAAGAAGUAGAAUGGUAUUUUCAGCUGCCAGUGCCUAAACCUCCAACAAAAUGGAAACUUUUGCCAAAACAAAAGGUUGAACAAAAAUAUCUCCAGGAUCCCCAUUUUUUUAAUGGCGCUGUUAAGGUUUUUGUCAAUUGUUAUUUACGAAGGUUUUGACUGUUCGUGCUGGCACCAAAAUAAAGUUUGUAGAAGGUUGCUGACUGAUGAUAAAAGAGAAGCAUGUAUAUCAUGAAAAAUAAGAGACGGAAGUUCUGAAGUGAUGACCAAGAAAGUUUAGAAGUGUAAUAUGGUUGUAAACAGGAAUGUAAACCGGGGAUGAAAAAUGUUAAUAUAAUUCUGAUUCUGGAUGACUCAUUUGCGAAUUUUAUCUGAAUUUGAAUAAUUUUUUAUCUGGGUGUACGGUUACAUCUGUGAUUUGUUGUUUAUGUGGUUAAAAAAAAAAAAAGGAUGGCUUUAUACUUUUUCAUGAGACUUAAUUUUGAGUUUUGAAUUUGAGUUUUCAUUCAAGAAGAAAGGCCACUUGAGUUUUGAGUUCCCAUAUAUUUUCAUAGUUUCAUUUAUACGUCUGUUGGAGGAUUGGAGGGGAUUGAGAGGCAGAUGAGUGAGAUUUCUGAUGGUUACACAGAAAUAAAUUGUCUCUCACAUCUUGAACCAGAUUACUCUGGGUUUGGCAGGUAUGAAUGAUUCCAGCCUUUUUUUAGAGGAACUAUGCCUUCCAUAUCAAUCAGAAUGUUCUGUUAUUAGAAGCAAUUACAUAGAAUUAGGCCAACUAAAAUGGCUGGACGGAAAAAAUGGUCCUAAUUUUUCACUCUCUAAUGAUAUUGGCAAGUAACGUUGAUUGUUCUAAACACUGGCGGUGCUUCUGUUUUCCAUAAUGUAAGCCCAAGAUUAUGCGAUGGUGCUCAAUUUGGAUUUGUUGCAUAGCUAGAAAGAUGAUCUUGCAGUAAUUGUUGAAGACAGAUAUAUGCCAAGCACCGUAGAUUUUUUCAAGGAGCUUCCUCAAUUUGUUGUCAAGGCUGGUUCAAUUUUAAGUAAUAUUUGUGGUGUAGAUUGGGAAAACAAACUUGAGGUAUUAAUUUUUCAGAGAUAGUUUAUGCUUGAAAUUAGCCAUGUUUUUAUGUCUUCCAACAUUCUGUCUUCUUGGAGUUACUCAGUCCUGUACUCAUGAUUUGAGUUCUUGAUUUUUCACGCAAAAGAGUUGUAGGAAAAUGUUGUGUAUUUGAGCCUGUUAAGUGAGACCACACAUAUUUCAUCUAAUUACGAUACUCCUAAUAACCUAAUCAUCUACCGUCAAAACAUUGGAUACUAAUUUUAAUUUUGGCUUUUAAAUUUGGGUUCUGAUUUUUAGUAUUUAUAUUUUUGUCCAAAUGUGAUGGUAUGAAAGGGUUUGAUGAUUUCUGAUUGUAUAAAAAAGUUGUGUGGUUCAAAAGAUGAUAGCAUUUUGUGAAUUAGGAAGCAGUUGCUAAGUGAGGAUUCUCCGUUUCCCUUUGGAUAAUUAAGUGAAAAUGCAUUGAUUUGGUUUUAAUUUUCCUGAUUUCUUCAACAUGUGUAUUAAACUAAAGUGAAAUGCUUAUUUCGGUGUAUGUAUAUUAAACUCAACUAAAUGGAAAUGUUCAUUACAUUGCAUGUGGUGUAUACUUUGUGUUUUACGGACCUAUGCUUUCUGUGCUAAUUUUUUAUUGUUGUUGGUGUAAAUGUUUAUAUUAAGUACUAGCAAACAUGGUGUUUUUGCUCUUGCAAGGGAAUUGUCUUUUUUCCCCAGUACUUUUACAAGGAUUUAGAAUGGGAGCAAGUGUGUUGCAAAUUGUUCUGUUCAAUAGAAAUAUAGACAUGCUUGAUGGAACCGAUCACAUAUUUGGACCUUAUUCUUGGAAGAUGAUUGCAUUAUUAAAUAAACUGCAUAUAAUUUGGGUUGGGUUAGAUCUAUAUGUUGGUUUAGAAUGUAGACAGUUUUGAUUACAGUGCUUGGAGAAAUUGACACUAUUCAACUUUCCUUAGGAUAAGUUCAUACCCCUUCAGGCAAGUACUUAAUUUAAUUAAACUAAUUAGGGGAGUAUGAAGUCGAGUUCGUUUUUCUGUUUCUUUAGUUCUUGCCAUGAUACUCUAAUAUUUUACUUAGGAAGAAAGAAUGAGGCGGUUAAAGUGCAAAAUGAAAGUUUACUUUUAUGCUGCUAGGCUGGAUCACCAGGUGAAAUUUUCAUUUCAAGAUGUAUAUGUAUGUUUGCGACUUUUUUAAUGCUUAGGACAGAAAUUUGAGUUUUAGCAUUACAACUAAAUGUCCAUAGACACAUGAUGCGAAUUGGGCUCACACGAAUGUCAAAGUUAAAAUGGCAUGAAUUAAGGUUCACUUAUACAGUUGAAUGUUCUCUUUGGGCACACACAAUUUUUCUUAAACUUGGUUUGGUUUUCUACUUUUGUUUAGAGAUGAAGUGAGAGUCACAGUUCGACUGAUUCUUAAACGAUGAAGAGCCAGAUCAUUGAGGUCUCUCUUCGUCAAGUUAAAUUUUCUUGCUUAUUCUUUUAAGGUUGAAGUGGAAGCUAUUGGCCAUGUUCAUCAUAAGCUAUAUCUUUCAUUGCUUUUUGAUUAAGCCCACUGAUUCACCUGAAAUUCCGAAAAUCAUAGGCAGCGCUUCAACUUCCUCAGAUUCUCCUCCUGUUCAAGCACAGUUGAGGGAGGUGACAUUGCUGGAAGAGAAUGCUGUAUAUGAAAGGGCAAUAUCGUGUGAAAAUAAAAUACAGGAGAAAAUUCAAGAAGCAGAUUUGCUGAAGAACUGACUCACUCCACACUCUCUCUGUCUCUGUGAUUCUGGAUUCCAUUCUGUCAUUGUUGCUUCUGAAGAAACCUAAUUGCAGGACUUCUUUACUGUUUACAAGUAAACCCCACUAUACCAAAGUACAAGACUAGCAAAGAUUUGAGGAAUUUCAAUUGUUGGAGGGAGAAGUUGGUUCCUUGGCAUUUUCAGGCAUAUAAUUAUAUACCCUGUUUUUAUUCAAGACCUCUUUUAAAUGUAUGAUUGGUUUGUGUGAAAUGAACGAAAAAGAGAGUUAGAAUACCCUGUUUUGGAUUUUGAAAAAGAGAUUUAGAAAUGUAUGAGGAUGUCCUUUUUAUAUACCCUGUUUUGGAUCACUAUGUGUGUUAUUUGAAAAGGAGAGACAUGAAUGAUCGGUGUGUUAUUUGUUCAUGGAGACAUCCUUAUUUGGAUUUUCUCGCAAGCCUAUUUUAUACACCCUGUUUUUAUUCAAAGGCUGCUGCCGUUUGAAUAUGAUUCGUUAAAACGUGCUAUCAUCAACAGUUUGCAUGAAAAACAUAUUUCACUUUGUUUUCUUCACUCAAGGUGCUUUUCAACACUGUUUCUAGUCUAUUUUCGUUACUGUUCUGUAAGUUAGUGCUAAUGGAUUUGCUAUGUUUGCAAUUUUCUGAAAUUUGGAUCGUUGGAGGGAGCACUUGGCCCUUUGGCUUUUGAGGUAUAUUUAUUUAUUGUGAUUUUGUGACUCUGUUGUUACAUCUUAUUCAUGUGCUUGGGGACUAGAUUUGGCUAUAUAAUUGUGGCAUCCUUUUACUAUGUAUAGCUAUGAUAACGGUGGAAUGGGUAAUUGCUAUCUCUUAAUUGGGUAUAAUGUUAAUGGUUUGCAGAUGCUUAGCAGACUAUCAAUAAAAUUGCUAUCAUUGAAAUUGCUAUCGAUGAAAUUGGGAAAGAAACUUGGGGAGAUAAUGUUAAUAGUUUGCAGAUGCUUAGGAGACUAUCUGAAACUGGUUAAAUCUUAUAUUUUGAGUUGCAUAAAGUUAAGGAGGUUACGAUAUGUUUCCAAAUUAUUAAACAAACCAAGAUAGCUCAACAAGUUAAGUCCGAUAUCAGGGUCAAUUGUAGGUUGGCUUUAAUUAUUAUAUCUUUAUAAGAAACAUUAGCUUAUAUGUGCACUAAGUAAACUAAGGUCAUCUGUAAUAAGUUUCCCUAUGUCUUCUAUCUCUUUACAGUGUGUGUGUUAUUUGUGUCUGAUUGGUGUUUCCCCUAUAUUUCCCUAUGUUUUCUAUCUCCUUAUAUGUGCACCAAUUAAUUUGAUCAGUGUGUGUGUAUUAAGGAGCCAUUCCCUUGACUUGUACUGAUGAGAAUUUUACUCCACGAGAGAUUGAGCAAAAAGCUGCUGAAUUGACUAAUUGUUGUUGGGUGUUUUCUAACUUGGGGUCUUUAUUUACUUAAUGUGCAAUCCAGUGUCUUAUAUGGUUAGAGAGAACAUAGUGUUUGACAAUAUGAUGUCUGAUAUGUGAUCCAAUCUGGUUUUGUAGAUAUGCUGAAUAAGUAAAGACUGUUUGCUGAUUUAGUUGCAUAUCGAGUAUCUUGAGAUUGUCGCUGAUUUAGUUGCAUAUCGAGUAUCUUGAGAUUGUCUUUUAUUAGUAGAUGAUUAAUUGUAGAUGUAAUGCUUCUUAGUAGAAGGAAAUUAAGGUGCAUUAACAACAAAAAAUCAAGAUAAUGCGUACAUAAGUGGAUUAGUUUUUUCGCUGUCAGUUGGUGUCCAACAUGAUGCAAGCAUUUUUUGAGGUGUGUAUAAAAACGAAGCUGCUUAUUUUACUGAUCCCGUUCACUCACCUAUCCCUCUGUUCAUUGAGGAUUAUGUUUAAUUUAUUCAGGUUAAAUGUGUCUUAUUUAUGCAGUUAAGACUUGUGCAUUCAAGUCCUGCAGCAAAGUGCGGGCAUAUUUUUGAACGUAAACUGCUUGAAAGAUAGAAUCUAUCUCCUACUGUAGUCCUGCUAAACCAUGGAAACAACUUACGUACCUAACACGGUAUUCCCCGGCCCUACGCCAAUCUCAGUUCGCACCUACUCCAUCAGAAAGAUGGGGGAAAGACUUCAAAGGAAGCAAGUCAAGCCAACAAAAUAUCUCCCGUGGAAGAUUUCUCCACGACAUUAAAGGCAGAUCAUUGUCUAAUUCAUUUCUGCAAUGUUUUAAUAUUUACUGGUUACAGUUAAAAGAAAAAGACCAAGACUUCAGAGUCUGCAAGUCAAAAGGACUCCAAAGGGACAAAAAUAAUUUAAGGCCAUCACACCAAUCCUUCAGUUCAUCACACACUUACCAAUCCUUCAGUUCAUCACACACUUUCCUUACUCGGCUAGCAAAAAUGAAAACUUUGCAAUCUUUUGUCCUCCUAUUCUUCUUCACUAUCUGUCAUAAUGUCACAAAUGGAGUCUACAGCCAGUGUCUCAAAGACCAGCAACUGUCAUUGCUCCAUUUGAAGAAAAACCUCACUUUUGUUGAUCAUGGUUUUCCGGUUUCUUCCAUGUUUGUAUCGUGGGAUUCAAGUACAGAUUGUUGUUCUUGGAUCGGUGUUACUUGCAGUAGCAACGGGCGUGUUGUUGGUCUUGACAUUAGCAGCCAACAAAUCUCUGGUGGCAUUGACAACUCCAGCAGUCUCUUCGAUCUUCAGCAUCUUCAAAGCCUCAACUUGGCCUAUAAUUGGUUUAUCGAAGGCUCUCGCUUUCCAUCUGCAAUUAGAAAGCUGACAAACUUGAGGUAUCUAGAUUUAUCAAAUAAUAAUUAUUUCUGGAAAAUUCCCUUUGAGAUUUCACGCUUGACAAGGUUGGAGGUCCUUGAUAUUUCUCAAAGUUACUAUAAUGGGGACCGCAAGCCACUUGAAAGCCCGAAGUUCAGCAUGCUCUUGCAGAACCUCUCAAACCUUAUGGUGUUGAACUUGGACAGAAACAAUCUCUCUGCCCCGGUUCCAGGAUUCUUUGCCAAUUUUUCAAAGUUGACUACCUUGAGCCUACGUGAUUGUGGGUUACGUGGAACAUUUCCGAAGCAGAUCUUUCAGGUACCUACCCUACAAACUGUUGACCUUUCCUCUAAUAUGGAACUUCUUGUUUCCUUGCCAGAAUUUCCCAAGAAUGGAUCUCUUCGAUCCUUGAUUUUAAGCUGGACAAGCUUUUCAGGGUUAUUGCACGACUCUAUUGGCAACCUCAACAUGUUGUCCACACUAGAACUUUCUGGAUGCAAUUUCACUGGAUCGAUCCCAAAGUCAAUCGUAAACCUAACGAAAUUGGUUGAUUUGGACCUGUCAUCAAACAUGUUUAAUGGUCCAAUUAGUUCUAUUCACUGGGAGAACCUUAUUAAUUUGGAAAGUCUCGAAUUGCACAACAAUCAACUGGUGGGGAGCAUUCCGUCGUCUCUGUUUUCUCUUCCCUUGUUACCGGAAUUACAUCUUUCCCAUAAUAAUUUCACUGGGCGAGUCCCUGAAAUUUUUAACGUCUCUUCUAGUUUUCUUACUUCCAUUGAUUUGAGUUUCAAUCAUUUGGAAGGACCAGUUCCCGUCUCUAUCUUUAAUUUUCAAGGGCUUGAAACCCUCACUCUUUCUUCAAACAAUUUCAGUGCCUUUCCUUUUAAUUGUCCUCAGCUGCCAAAUCUGACGAAGAUUGAUCUUUCACACAAUAGCUUGAGAACAUUCCCAGUUUUCUUGAGAAAUCAAACCUAUUUAACAAAUCUGGACCUUUCGGAAAACCAAAUUCAAGGCCAGCUACCCAAUUGGAUAUGGAAGCUCGAUUCUCUUGAUUACCUAAAUGUUUCUUACAAUGCCUUGGAAAGUCUCGAAGGUCCUUUCAUCAACCCCACAUCUCCUUUGUCUAGGCUUGACCUUCAUUCAAACCAGCUUAAGGGGCCAAUUUUAAUUGUCCCACCAAAUGCCGAAUAUCUGGAUUACUCAAACAAUCAUUUCAGUUCUAGUAUUCCAGUAUCAAUAUGCUAUGCUAGUUGUCUUCUCGCUCUUGAUUUGUCCAGUAAUUCUCUGAGUGGUGAGAUUCCCCAGUGCUUGGCUGCAAUGAGCAGACUCUUGAUACUUAAUGUUAGGAAAAACAACAUUACUGGAAUGAUUUCUAAUCUUGAAUUUCCUAAAAAUUGUGAGUCAUUAGCAGUUCUAGACCUCAGCCAAAAUCAGAUUGAAGGUCAAUUGCCAAAGUCUCUAGCCAGGUGCAGAAGGUUAAAAAUUUUAAACCUUGGAGAGAAUCAGAUAACAGACACCUUCCCAUGCUUGUUGAAGAACAUCUCCACCUUGAUCGUUCUUGCUUUGCGGUCCAACAAUUUCUAUGGAGGCAUUGGAUGUCCAGUAGUGAAGACCAAUGCCAGCUGGCCGGCUCUUCAAAUCGUAGACUUAGCUUACAACAAUUUCAAUGGUGAAGUACCAGGAUUCUCUCUGACAACAUGGCAAGCAAUGAAGGGUAACAGAGAUAUUAGUGAUUCUAACUAUAUAGAGGUAUCUUCUCGUGGGCAUGGACAUCCAUUCGUUUCUACAAAAGCGGCUCUAAUUCCUGAUAAACCUGCGUACCGUGGUCAUGCAACGUUUACAUUUUCUUAUGAGCCUGCUAUAACGAUUACAACCAAAGGUUUAAAGAGGGAUAUGGCAAAGAUUAUAACUGUCUUGACCUUGAUUGACUUCUCAUGCAACAAUUUCAGUGGGUCAAUUCCCAAGGAAAUGGGAGCUCUGAAAUCUUUGUAUUUUCUCAACUUGUCAAGUAAUGCUUUCACAGGUGAAAUCCCAUCGUCAUUUGGUAACAUGCGACAACUCGAGUCCUUGGACCUGUCACAGAACAAGCUGAGUGGGCAAAUACCACAACAGCUAGCAAAGCUUAAUUUCCUUGCAUUCCUAAAUCUCUCCAAUAAUCAACUUGUCGGCAAGAUCCCAGCUGGUACACAGAUUUCAACAUUUCCAAGAGACUCAUUUACAGGGAACAAAAGAUUAUGGGGGCCUCCGCUGACGGUGGAUAAUAAAACAGGACUGUCACCACCACCAACAUUAAAUGGAAGCCAUCCAAAUUCUACAAAUGAGAUUGAUUGGGAUCUUAUUAGCGUUGAAAUUGGAUUUGUAUUUGGCUUUGCAGUUGCUAUUGGGUCACUUGUGUUCUUCAAGAGAUGGAGUAAAUGGUAUUACAGGUCUAUGUAUAAAAUCCUUGUGAGAAUAUUCCCUCAACUUGAAGAAAGAAUUGGUCCUCAUCGAAGACUUGUUCACAUAAAUCAGAGGUGGAGACGUUGAAAUGUUUAUGAGGAGCAAGCAGCUGGACUCCAUGUUGUGCGUAGGGUUUUGCACCCUCGUUUCUACCCUGUCUAGUUUGCUUUCUUUGGAUAUCGAAAUCAGUUGAGAUCAAGAGUCAACAAGGAAAUGGAUACACAUACGAAAUCAGUAUUGAAUCAAACAAUUUUAAUUAUUUAUGCUUCUUUUGUUUGUUCUCCCUUGUUUUGGCUUUGGUUUGUAAGAAAAUUAGCUCUUUUCUGUUGUGUGUUUGUACGGAGUCUUUGAUUUUAAAUGUUUACUCUGUUUUUCAUGCACUGGUCAAGUUCUGUUUAUAUAUUAUCGCUCAAUUUGCUUUGAUUGAGAAAGAUAUGGAAAGACAGCU